CGGAAGUAAGACGUUUAUUGACAAUAUGGCCGCUGUGCUGGGUUUGGAUUUGGCGAAAACUGGAAUUUGACAGCACCCGCCGGGGGCUGAGAGAACAAAAAACCCAUUUCCAACCUCAGGAGUGUACGGAACCGAUGCAUGUGAAUGAAGGGACCCGCGGAUCUACGGGAUGGUGUCAGUGAGCUGAGGAAACGGUCACAGCGUGAAACCCGUCAUGUCGUUUUUCAAGAGGAAAGCCAAAAGCAAAGAACCAGAGAGAGUGACGGACAUUAAAGCCAACAGAGCACCACCCAGCCCUCACUCUCCAUCAGGAGGACUGAGGAACCACCAUGCUGUCCUGGAUGCUGCCGGGCCCAGCCAUGUGGCCAUCAACGCCAUCUCCGCCAACAUGGACUCCUUUGCCCGCGGUCGCACCGCCAUCCUCAAGAAACAGCCGAGCCACAUGGAGGCUGCGCACUUCGGAGAUCUAGGUCACUCCAGUGUAAACUAUCACCCCCAGGAUGACCGCUCUCGGCUGUCCAAGACGAUGGAGCACGUCCUCCGGGACAACGUGGCGAUACCCCACUACCUGCAUUUCAUGGAAGUCCGGGGCGCCGUCCACCUGGUCCGGUUCUGGCUCGAGGCUGAGAGCUUCCGCUCCGUCAGCUGGUCGCGGGUCCGAGCCCACAGCCUGAACUCUGUCAAACAAAGCUCUUUGGCCGAGCCCGUCCCCGCCUCCCCCGGCGGCUCCGAGCCGGCCCAACACACAGCCAACGCUCUCGCCCGGGACGUCGGCGGCGAGGGGCCGGCGGUGCCCUCGGAGCGGCUGGACUCCUCCGGUGCCGAGGCAGACUCGAGACCUGGCACUCCUCGAGCAGACACCCCCAGCAGGCAGGCAAACUCCAGGACGGGGACUCCCUACAAGGUGCAGUCAAUCAGCACCCUGCGAGACCUCUCUGACCAACUCAUGAAAAGUAUAGAGAAAGAUGCAGUUACAAUCUUCACCAAGUACAUCUCUCCGGACGCAGUGAGGCCCAUCCCCAUCACAGAACAGAUCAGAAACGACAUAGUUGCUAAGAUAUGUGGCGAGGACGGCAUGGUGGACCCAAACUGCUUUGUCAUUGCACAGUCGGUAGUCUUCGCCAUCUUGGAGCAACAGCACUUUAGUGAAUUCCUGCGGAGCCAUCAUUUCUGUAAAUACCAGAUCGAAGUGUUGACCAGCGGCUCAGUAUUCCUGGCUGACAUCUUGUCCUGCGAGUCGGCUCUCUUCUACUUCUCCGAGUACAUGGAAAAGGAGGAGGCAAUGAAUGUACUGCAGUUCUGGCUGGCGGCGGACAACUUCCAGAACCAGUUGGCAGCUAAAAAGGGCCAGUAUGACGGCCAGGAGGCUCAGAACGAUGCCAUGAUCCUCUACGACAAGUAUUUCUCACUCCAGGCCACCAACCCACUGGGCUUUGGCGACUCUGUGCGGAUGGAGAUCGAGUCGAAUAUCUGCCGAGAGGGGGGGCCGCUCCCCGACUGUUUCACCACACCACUGAGGCAGGCCUGGACCACCAUGGAGAAGGUCUACAUGCUGGGCUUCCUGUCUAGCAACCUUUACUACAAAUACCUGAGUGACCUCAUCAACUCGGUGCGGGCGGACGAGUUUGUGAAUGUCAGCGCUGCAGGCCAGGGCGGUCCCGCAGACAACGAACGCUCGAGUUCAAGUGCCGGCGAGGCCUCGCAGUGUCAGGCCAAAAGGGCUGCGAUCAAGAUCCUAAAGAACUUUGACGAGGCGAUCACGGUGGACGUGGCCAGCCUGGACCCUGAGUCCUUGUACCAGCGGCCCUACGCUGGAAGGAUGACGUUUGGGAAGGUGAACGAGAUGGGCCAGUUCAUCAGGGAGGCAGAGCCAGAGCCGGACGUGAAGAAAUCUAAAGGCUCAAUAUUUUCUCAAGCCAUGAAGAAAUGGGUCCAAGGAAACUCUGACGAGGCCCAGGAGGAGAUGGCGUGGCAGAUAGCCAAGAUGAUCGUCAACGACGUCGUCCACCAGUCAAACCACGACAGCCCCGGCAAGGCCACCAAGUUAUGACCCCACUGAGGACACAGAGGGCCGUCGCUCCUUUCCGACGCUGGUCAGGCACAUGGCAAACUGCACGACGGGUUCGCCACACAUUAACUUGCAUUACUGGAGAACGAAACAAGGCAUUCUAUCAUGCCCCCUCCCUCCCCCCAUCAUACCUCCUAUUUGUCUCUAAGUGUACGUUGAGUUUGGGAAUGAGUGGGAUUAUUGGCGGGGGAUGGAGGUGGGAGUACACCGUUGUUCCAAUCUUCCAACUCCAUAACACUCCAAAGGUACGUGCGUAGUUGACCAAAGGUAAAACCAAUCAGACGAGAAGAACACAUGGCGCACACACAAAGAAGCAGCCUGUCGUCAUGGAGAGCCGCUACAGAGGACCUGACAUUACCCCCCCCCCCCCCCCUCCAUCAUGACACAACUCCUUUUAUCGCCGUUCCUGGUUUUAGAUGAAAUUCUCUCUUUUGGGUCAGCCAGGUAAGGCUGAAGCAGAUGGUAAUCAGCGCUGCACAGUUUUGGGCGCCGCCCUCGUCCCCCCAGGAGCUAGGUUGACUGCUGUUGGCUGGCGUGAGCUGCGCCGCCACUUGGCCGUUGGUUUUCUGUACUGUGGAAGAUUUUGGAAAGAGGACAAUGACAUGAAAGAAGAGAUGACUCAGUCCCUCAGACUGGCUGGCCUCCCAUCUGAACCUCCCGGGACCUUUUUAAAAGAGCGUAGAAGAAUAAAUACUCCCUUAAUGAACUGAAGUGCUCCAGAUGUGUCGGAAAACUCAACUCCAUGUCCUUAAUGUAGAUUUUUCUGGUUUAUACCAUAUAUUAAAGUUUGUCUUUUUUUAUAGUCAUGGCUGUUUUGUUUUUUUAAUGCAUCUGUAAAACAAACAGCAUUGAUGAUCGGACUGUUCAACUGGAAACUGCUCAGUAAAUACAUUUUACUUUUUUUGUUCUUUUUUUAAAAUAAAAAAUGAUUUCUUAAGAGCAUUACCAAUAUGUGGAAAAGAACCAGAAAAGACUCUUGGUACUAUGUACCACUAAUGUUUUCUGACAUGUAUGUAUGUGUACUUAAUCUAUAAUAUAUUUAAAUUGUGUUUGAUUUAAAUACAUAUAUUAUGAAAUGUUUGUCAGUCCCCUUUUUGUUUUUCUAUUUCAAUAUUUGUAUAUUCUUGUGGUUGAAUCCUACUAUUUUGGUUAAAUUGAUACAGUCCUUUGUGUACAAGCAAAUUGUUUUGUUUUUUAAAAUAAUUUUCAUAACAGCAUAAAUGUGGGAGAAGGGACUAGUCAAAGGGAGUAGUAGUAGUAUUACGGCUGACCAGCAGGGGGCGAUGUAAGCUGCAUCGCAACAUUGGAGGUAAAACAAAGAAAACAACAUCGAUAGCAGAAAAGUACUUCUAACAUAAUUUAAUAUGGCUGCUUUCUCCGAGGCCGCUCCAGAAAUAUCCACAAAUUGUAAAGUACAGUUUAUCCCAAAGAGCACAGAAGUCACCUGCGGUCCAGCACAACAGCGUUUAAAACGCUGUCAUUGUUCCUUUUUGUUUUACUGUCAGACAUACUAAACAUGCAGAAGAAUUAGCUCUGCUAGUACCGAAAUACUAUUAAAAAAGAAUUAUUUUCAAAACAAUUGUCUGUAUUUCAGCGCUUUAACUGUCCUUCUAAAGGUAAUUGGUGGGAGUCAUAUUUCACACAUAAAUAAGGUCAGUAGCGAUAUGCUAUUUCACUGGUUGAGGUCCCACGAGCUUCAGACUGAAUGCUACUUGCACGGAGGGCCACGCCCACCUCAAUACAAACUGGCCCUGAUUGGCUGAGGUGCUGUUACAGAAGGUGACUGACCACUUUUACUGUACGUGUCGAUGCUGAGAAGUAGUUGUUUUUCGGAGUAUAACAAAUAAUUCAAAUUAAAAAACGGUGAAAG